CGCACAGCGGAUUGCAUGGAGCAGAUGUGCCCGCACUGCCUGCCCACAGCUCCCUGAGCCCUCCAGCUGCCACCCCUCAGCGCCAGGCUCGGAAAAACCGCGCAGAGCUGAGCCAGCAAAGCUGCGGCCGUAACCUGGAAGGAAACAGCCGUCAUCAAAAUAAACUUCCUGGGUUGGUGCGGCCAGGAAGCGGCGCUGGCAGCGAUGGCUCUGAGCAGCAGCGUGAGCCGUAGGUUCUAGCUGAUGCCCACACCUCACUGUAAUGAUGCCAUCAAGAACGAAUCUCUCUGCUGGGAUUCCCAGUAGCAAAGUCAAAUAUUCCAAGCUCGCCAGCACUGAUGAUGGAUAUAUUGACCUGCAGUUCAAGAAGAGCCCACCAAAAAUCCCCUACAAGGCAAUUGCAUUGGCUGUUGUGCUUUUCAUGAUUGGAACUUUUCUCAUUAUCAUCGGAGCCCUCCUCUUGGCAGGAUACAUUAGCAAAGGCGGAACAGACCGUGCCAUCCCCGUGCUCAUCAUUGGGAUCCUCGUAUUCCUCCCAGGCUUCUACCACCUGCGCAUUGCAUACUAUGCUUCCAAAGGCUACAGGGGCUAUUCCUACGAUGAUAUCCCAGAUUUUGAUGACUGAAUCAUGUUCUGGACAGCAUUACCAGUAGGUUAGUGUUAAGAGCUGCUAGUGAUCUUAAAUAUUGGAGGGAGCCUUUAAGAUUGUAAAUCUUAAGUGUGUCAGUCUCAAGAUGCAUCGUCCUGGUCUUGAAAACCCUGCGGAGAGGCUUUAAAAGCUUUCAGCUGGUGGGGAUGGGGGCUGAAUGUGAAAGUGACCAAAAGGAUUGCAAAGUUAGGUGGGAAGAACGUGUGAUUUACUGUAUUUUUCCUCUUGGGUAUAUGAUGCCAGUUGCUUGUAAGAAGUUCCUCAGCAAAGCAAUUCUAGCUGAUCUCCAAAAAUAGAUAAGUCUGAGAGUUCCAUCAGUAAAGAUAUUUGUUUUUCUAUACUGUUUCAAAGAGUUUUGUUGGUUGGUUGGUUGUUUUUUGAGAGAUUGUGGCCACCCUUGGGUUUAGUGUUGCGAACGCUUUGCAUCUCUUUCUGUUUUUGCUCUCUGCCCAUCCAAAAUUCUCCCAAUUUACUUGUGUUGUGCUUGUCUGGAGUAAUGGAAGUCAAAUGCAAACUGCACUUGCAUGAGAUAACUUGCACGUACUGCAUUUGCUGUGCAAUUCAUCAUUACACUGACCAAUCCUAUUUGUCCAACAGACUUUUUUCAGAAGCCGGCUGUUCUCCAUGCCUCUCUUGCUUAUGGCAAAGUCAACUUGUUAUCCUCCAAAAGGACUUACUAUGUCUGGAUUUUACUCAUUAUUUUAAAGCAAAUAGAGAUGGGGAGAAAAACUGGGAUCUGGACCAGGACUUAAAGAAUCUCAAUAUCUAAACCUUGGUUUUGAUUGGUGUGUGGGUAUUGCAGACGCUUGAAUUCUAACUGUGUGUAUAUUUGGGAUUAUUUUGUCUUUGUCUAGAUGAUAUGUUGCUAAUUACUCCCUAGACCAGCAAAAAGCAAGUCUGUAUAGUUUGUACUGGAUAAAUCUUGUUUGUAUUGUAUUGCUAGCUUCAGCCAUAGGUUAUUCAGGGGAAAUAGAUUGGUGGGUCUGUACUUGAUGCAAAGUCAAAGCUCACUGUCUCUGAAGUGGGACUGAACUGAAUAUCCUGAAGAUCAACUUAUGUGACAAGACACAGAAAUGCAAGAUGCAAGUAUAUGUGUUUAACACAAAUAAACUUCUCUGUCUUCUGUGUACAAA